AUGGCGAUCGCUAGCUGGGUCGCUCGGAGUCGUGGGUUCCUGCAAACUCAGUGUCUGUCCGCCGAACUCAAGCUGCCCCCAGCGGUCUUCUCGGCUCCUCGAUCAUCAGCAGCACACUUCAGAGUGUCAUUGAGCUUGGUCUCCUCGGCCUAUGUAGCGUGUUGGCUGUCCUCUUCGGAACUCCAAAGCCGUUCUCCUCCAAGGCAGUCCAUCCCAUCGAUGAGAUCAGUCAGCAGGUGUUUGAAACUCCGGGAGUGGAAACCGAAACGGGAACAACCUCGUGGUUCUUUCUUACAAUACUCUCUUGACUUGCCACAAGCCAUGCGUACACAUGGACAAGCAGAGCGCUUCGCGAUGUCCUGGAGAAGGUUGAAGUUAUGUCGAAGGCCUGCAGCAGUCAUCGCUUUUGCCUUUAUGACGACGACGACUAUGAUGAUGCAGAAACUGUAUCUCUGGGCUGCCCUGAAUCGAUGGGCUGUAUCGGAGGAGCCGACGGGUCCGACGAACAGACGGAAAGCAAGCGAAAUAUCAACUCAACCAGCCUCACAAGGUUAUCGCCCAUCCGCUCAAGAGAAGGCCGCUGGAGCCUUGCAUCCACCGAGCGUACAUACAUGGCUUGCUGUCUUGGCUAUCCGACGGCUGCCUGUGAGCACAGCGAUUCUGUUUCGGUUUCCCCAGUUCCGGCUCCUCCACGUGCCCGUACAGUCCCAAUCGAGCUUUCUUACAAGCCGGCAAUUCAGCCCUAGCUUCCAGAACUAUCACCAAUCCGAGAAGUACCUCAGUGAUAUGCGCCGGGAAGCGGAGAUUGCAAAUGGUAAGAGAGUCCAUGAUCUGUACCCUCAAGUGGGAUGCUCUAUCACGGCGAUCGGAAACAGGGUGGACGGAUUGAUCCGUUCCUUGGAGCGCCAGAGCUUCCCGUCUGAAGUCUCGAGGUGUCGCGUGGCCAGCCAGGAUAAGUGGGAAGCUUUUCGCCAGGUCGGGAGCAGCGAAAGCUCCAGCUCCGAAGGUGGGAUGACCAACAGGAAUCUGCAUCGAUUCCUUCUGUCAGAUUGUAGCCAAUUCUUGUCGUCCGACUCGACGGGCCAGCAGAGCUUCAAGUCCCUCGAAACCAAGCUGGGGAUAUGGGACGAGGAAGACAGCCCGCGAAACCUGCCGAUCCUUCUAGCGCGGAUACCGAACGCAAGCCAAGCGCAGCAAUGUCUGGACUCGUACGACAAGAGUUGCGGCUGGAUCCAUCGGCUGCUUCAUUGGCCGGCAUUCCGCGCGAAAGCUGCACACAUGCUGUCCCGGAAGCACCGGCUUUCGUACUGCAACCAGCCCGAUAUCCACUGGCUGGCCGUCCUGUUCGCCGCGUGUGGACUGGGCCUUUGGGCCGGCGAUUCUAUUGACACCGAGACGUGUCAAGACCUUCCCAGGACCAAACUGGGGCAACGAAGGCUGGCUUUGCGGUGGUUAAGGUGCGCAACUAGCGCCCUGGUGCUUGGCCAAUACGAUCAAGAUCCUUCUUUAGAUUCCCUACGAACAAUGUCUCUUUUGUUAUGCUUUCCACUUUAUUUCUCUGAUGACCCUUCAAUGGAAGGAGCGAUGGAGCUGAUCAUGCAAACCAUCAGCCUAGCACGCCAGCUGAACCUGGACGUUGAUCCAGACGAUCUUCCCUACUGGAGGCUCAAGAGCGAGACGGCCAAGGAUGAACGGCGCAGGUUUAUGGUUGCAAUCCUGUGCCAAGAGUUCCAGUUGGGCGGCCUGUUUUGCAAGAAAUGGUACUUCGAAUCGCCCUCGCAAUUCGCGCUCAAGAUGCCCAACCACCUCCCCGACGACGCCCAUCGGCGGGACGAAAGCCCGGCCGAGAAUCGCGACGCACCAGCCGAGCUAGACGGCGUGAUCUCGCGCUACAAAGUCGGGCAGAUAUGGCAGUUGAUCGGAAUCGGCUUCAGCGAGCAGGCCGGUGCGCCCGCGCAUGGCCGAGUAUUGGAGCUGGACCAGCAACUGCUGGAUGCCGAGGAGGAGUUCCCAGCACGGCUGAAGACAGCCUUCGAGCCACGCCUGGGCCUCCUUGAUCCGCUGCCAACGCAAGGGACCGUGGCCGAGAUGGACCGGCUGGGCACCCAUCUCGUCCUGGCUAGCGCUCAUAUCCGGCUCCAUCGGCCUUUCGUCAUUCCUCGCGGUGGAGUCUCGUCCGCACACCUCGAAUGGCACCGCAGAAGGAUCUUGUAUUACGGCCGGUUUAUUCUGGCUCUGUACGAAUCCGAUCACCUUCCCCUCCUCAAGCAUGUAUCCAUGAAUCUGUUUGUGCUCGCAGCGUGUAUCGCACUUUCGGUGUUGUUGAUUACCCCAACAGGCCCAGAAGAAGAUCUCAUGAACCUGAGACAACAAGUCCACCAAGUCUACAGCACUUACCAAAACACAUCCUCUUAUAGCAAUAGCAUGAUUUGGAACCGUAGCUACAAACUACUCGGAUCAAUCUUGGAGACCGACAGGAAGAUUCUCCUCAAUCCAGAAUACAAGAUCAAUUUCGCCCUCUUGGAGACUUUGCUUCAAUGA